AUGAUUUUUGUGAUAACAGAAGAACUGAAGUGGUUUUGCAAGAACUGUAAGGAACAUUUAUGCUCUUCGUGUAUUAAGUACCACAAGAAAUUCGGGAUCACUAAGAAUCAUUCGAUACUUGAUAAAACACAAAUGCCCUCUACAACUUUCAAAUCAGUAGACGGCGUACAAUGCAGCGAACUAUGCCCUUACCACCCGAUGGAAGUUAUUAAAUAUUACUGCCCGACUCAAAACACAGUUCACUGCGGAGAUUGUGUUGCUUUUGAUCACAAAGGUCGCAAGUUUGAGUAUAUCCCUGAUGUAGCAAGAAAAUACGUAGAAAGUGAUGAAUUUAGUGAACUUAAAAACCAUGAUGUUGUUAAGAAAUUUACAAACUGUGUAACUGAAAUAGAGAAAUGUUUAAACGAGGCUGAAGAAGCAGGCCAAUUCGAGCUUCAACAGAUUAGUCAAUUCCGAGAUGAAAUAAAUGCACACUUGACCAAACAGGAACAUGAACUUAAACAAAAAUUGAAUCAGAUAAAGGAAAGCCAGAAACAAUUCCUGAAUGACAGGAUGGCGUGUGUAUAUGCUAAGAAAUCAGAAUUAGGGACUGAAACUGUUAAUUUGACGAAUAAUGAAGACGACAUCGCCAAGCUUUUCGUCAAAGGAAAGCAGUUUGAGGGACUGUUAGCUACCUGUAAAACAGCACUCGCUGACAUCAAAGAAGGUAGCGCACGUGGUUUAUAUCACUUUCAUAGAAACCCUAUGAUGGACAAGCUCAUUCAGUCUACUGGGGCUCUUGGUGAAAUUCUGGAAGAAGGUUCUUCAAAAGAAAAAAACUUGGACAAGGGGAAAGGUUUAAAGAUGGCCAGAUCACCAGUUGCGAAAUCCUUUGACAUAAGGCGGAAAGAAAUAAGAUUCUUGAAAAACAUUCCAUUGCCGUCUCAAGUAGUUGGUGAAUUGAGCACAUCAUGUAUUACUGCUCUGUCCGAUGAACGUCUGCUGAUCACCAAUCCCAAAUCUGUGUUUUUGACGAUGAUUGACACCAAAAGCAAUUUGCGCAUCUCGGACUUGAUGCUUUGGAGCAAUCCAUGGGACGUAUGUCUCGUGUCCUGCGACAAGGCGGUCAUCACCUUGCCAUUUGAGGAAUUUAAAAAUAUGCAGUUCAUUUGCAUAGGUGAAACCAAUCUUUCCCGUGCUAACAGCAUCAGUGUGGCUGGUGAUUGUUACGGUGUGGAUUGCUAUGAGGACACAUUGUUUGUAUGUUACGGCAAACAAACGAAAAUAGAAGCUAUGACAAUGGAUGGAACAGUUGUUAAUGAAGUCAGCAAUAAAACAGUCGGAAAAUAUAUAUUCAACAGCUUGAAGUAUAUCAAAGUCCAUGAAAUAGAAGGGUCAUCGCUUAUCUAUGCAUCAGAUGCUGGGCGAUUUACAAUAACACAAUUAAACCAGAGUCUGGAAAUACUGAAAAUCUUUGAUAACCCUAAGCUGAAAGGUCCUUUUGGCUUAGAAGUCGUUGAUUUUACCCAACUGCUAGUCUGUGGAAAGGACUGUGGCACCAUUUUCGUGCUGGAUAUUUCUAAUGGCGAAAUAGCCACUCUGCUUCAGGUACCAAACCCAGUUUAUGUUUGUUUCUGCCGGGACAUGAAGAAACUGUAUGUUGGUUUGUCAAAUUUGCGCAAAACAAACUACGUUGGAGAAUAUGAUAUCAAAUAGAAGCAGUUGGUAACGAUAGGGAGUGAAACGUGUUUAUCUUUUUCUCGACAAUUGCAAUAAUUUUUGGGCCGAAUAUUCGAUUUGAUUUUAUUAUUCCCCAGAGCAGUCAAGGUCAAAUAAAGUGCUUGUUUACUAUAGAAAUCUGCAUAAAAUGACAUAGGUGGUCGUUUCCGGACUUAAGCUUUCUCUUGUAUAGACAUAUUUUAAAAUAACUUGACUACGUUCUGGUUAGCAGUAUUGUUUUGUUUUUAUGCAUUUGCUGUUACAGCAUU